CUCUAAGUUAUUACCUGAUAACACUUGUUCGCGUGAGGUUUGAGUGUUUCGCGCACGUCUUCAAAUCUUCAAAGGCCUACAAAAGUGGAUUAUACAAAUUUAUAAUAUUUUCUUACGAUAAUAAAGAAAUAAACUUAAUUCUUCACAACUUUCGGAUACGAAAAUGUGACUUCUUUAAUAUUACUUUAAAUUUGAGUUUACUUGUAAAAUAAAAGUAUAUAAGGAAAUUUCUAAUCGAAAUGAAAAAUGAUAUUUAAUAAAAAAUAAUAAUAAUUGGAUUUAGUAGAGGUGCUUAUUUCGAUCUUGAUCUAAUUUUUAAUUGUGGAUACGUUAUGUUCUUUUGUGUUUAAGACAAGUGAAAUGUGUAAAAUCGAAACAAAACUACUGAGUUUCAUUGCAAACCGUUCGAUGCGUGUUGAGAUUAAGAAAUCAAAUAAGCAAUGAAAUAAAAUAAUCUAGUUGCAGAUAUGAAUAUUUUGAAAUAUUGGAUUAUUUUGUAAAGAAAGGCCUUUAUUUGUAAAGAGUUUUCCCUAAAAAAGUUAACGAAGUUUUGAAAAUAUGAUGUAGUUGUACGAGCUCACAGAAAAUUUGAACUCGCUGAUACAAAUAAUUUAGAUGUUCAACAAAGAAGAACAAUUACCAGCUAGAAAGCAAUCAACCAUCAAAAUCACUUUGGCUUUAUAUAAUAACAUCACAAAAACACACUGAAGCAAUACCGCAUCAUCACAAACAUGUUAAUCUACAAACUGUCCAUAAUCUUGUUAAUCCAUCAGCAAUUAUUCUUCUGUUCCAUUGGUUGGGCAUUAAGACCAACAGCCACAACAAAACCAUCAUCAACACCUCCGUUGUCGCCAUUAGUUUCUUCCUCGGAGGCCACACUUCUUACAUCGAGUCUGUUACCAACACCAUAUCAGCUGCAGCAGCAAUACAAUAAGCGAAAAGCCGCGGAAUCGGAUGCAGAUAGAGACACAACCCCUGAAGACGCCACUGAUGGCGAUGGCGGUGGCACUUCUGCAGCCGCUAAAUCUCCGUCUUCAGCUCACUUCAAAAAUCCAAAGAACAAAAUUGUAUCCGUUGCUACAAAUUGUACACGAGAUGUGUUCGAGAUGCGUAUCGAAUUGAACAAGAACUUUCGUGGGCUCUUGUACGCCAAAGAUUUUCCCUUGGAGUGCCGAGCACGAGGGACACAACACUCGAACGUUACAUUGAAAUUGCCCACAUCGGGCUGUGGUGUGCGGUCUGAGUCGAAAGCGGAUGGUAGCUUGGAGAUGUCUGUGAAGGUUAUGCUGCAAAUAGACGAUAAACUACGGCAGAGUUUGGACAUUCUGAAAAGAGUGAAGUGUGUUUUGCCCACAAAUGCACUGGGAAUGAACGUUGUCAACGGGACAGUUAAGGGAAUAAGAAAUGGCCGAAUGAGAACAGUGGACGAUGUGCCUUUAUCGACACCACGCGUACGAAUUUGGUUGGAGCUUGGAGGACCAGAAGGUUCUGGUGCUGUGGAAGUUGGUCAACCAACAACGUUGACAGUCCGAGCUAUUGUGCCAGGUACAAUGGGUGUACGUAUAAUAGACUGUGCUGCACUUGACGGUCUGGGUGAAUCAACACAACAGUUGUUGGAUGACCGAGGGUGCCCGGUUGACGAGCAAGUGAUGCCAGCAUUAAAUAUUCGUUUUCGGCCAGCUGAAGAAGGAUGGUCUAAGCCGCACGAAGAUGAUUUUGUUGAAAAAUUAUUUACAGCCACUUUUCCUGCAUUUAAGUUUCCAGACCGCGAACGAUUGCAUGUCAGUUGUGGAGUUCAACUAUGCAAGGGAAAGUGCCCAAAUGUUGAUUGCAGAAAAGAAGACAAAUUAAUUCUUCCUUCGGAUAAAAAUUUAGCUCGCAUUGAAGUAUUUAAUUCAUUAGCUGUUACUGCACCCCAAAUUGAAGUAGAUAGACUGAGAUUUGAUCGACGACAUAAUAUGACCGUCGAAGAAUAUCCCCCCCGAGUUCGAAGUUUACAAUCAGAAGGAACUUUAUGUUUGUCUUUUUCCAAAUUGGCGAUAUCAUUUUGUGUUCUGGGAAUGAUAUUUCUUAUAGCAAUCAUAGUGGCUAUUUGCUGCCUCAUAAGAUCAAGGAGACGAGAUCCUUCCAUUCGAGUGAAUAGAGACUCGUCAACUAGUAUGUUUUCGUCCAGCAGUGAAUCAGCUCAAUCAGCGAGGUUCGGAAGUAAACUAUUCAUUCCAUAUCACCCAACAUCGUUACCUUACGGACGGGUUUAUUAAUUUUCUAAUUAUUAUAAAUUAAUUACUCAUCAAACCAAAAAGCUACAUUAGCUUAAGAUGCUUUAAAAUACAUAUAACUUAGAUUAUGGAAUUUUCAUAAUUAUAUUUAAACUUAAAGUACGGAUAAUAAUAAUGUAUAUCUAAAGACUGAUUACCUAAAUUUGUCUUUCAAAUACUUGUUUUUGAAGAAAUGAUAAAUAUUUUAAGAAUCCAUAGUUAAAAAUUCUAGGUAUAAUUUGAGAAGAAGAAAAAUGUCUUAUAUUUGAUUUGCAUAUAGAUACUAAAAGAUUAUUGUAAAGUGUCGUUAGGUGCUGUAUUAGUGAAGUAGAUUAAUCGAAAUGUUGCUAAAAUAGCUAAAUAAAAUAUAUAUUAUACCUUGUGCUUAAGAAUGUUAUGGUGAUGGUCUUAAAUUUCCUUAUACAUGAGUUGAGUAUGACAUUUGUAUAUUAGUAGCAAUUAAUUGGGGUUUUAAAAACUAAGAUUCAGAAAUACUCAUUACAAACAUA